AUGGUGGAUGAUGAGCCAGAAAGCUAUAAACUGCAACUGGAAAAUACUUUUCCGGUGAAGCCAUUUUAUGGCGAACUUAUACACAGAUAUCUUUUCAGGGUCAUAGAUUUUUUUAAAAUAGUGGUUAUGUGUAGCGAUGUGAGGGAUACCAUACGAACAUAUGAGGCUUUGAAUGGGAGCUAUAAUGUUAAGGAAUUAGCUCCCCAUUGCAGUGGGAAGAAAAUAAUCAUGUUGGAAUUGUUUGAUGUUCUGGUAAAGGCAAGCCAUGAGCCUCUCCAAUAUUAUGACUUUGCUAUUUCAUUCAUUCAUGAUAUUGCAAUUGGAUUGGGAGAAAUAGUUCCUUAUUAUGUCUUGAAAAGGCCUGGUGUGGAAAGUUUCUUGGCUGAAUUGGCUAAAAAAUAUAAAAUCGUUAUUUUUAUAGAUGCACAGAAAAAAUAUGCAGAUCUAUACUAG